GACUUUAUGUAGCUAACUACCACCUAGUUUGUUUUGUUGUAAAGUGUAAACAAAGAAAUUAGCAUACCUAAAUCUAAAUUAAAUAUAUGUCUUAUCGAUAAGGAAAAAAUUUGCGUAACAUAUUUUAUUAAAGAAACAAAUAGUUCGUUGUGAUUGUAUGGUAGGCGCGAGUGAUUAGUGUGAUGUAACUUGUAGGAGCGAAAUAUUUAUAUUUUAUAAUGUCUGAUUUAAAAACUGAGACAAAAAGCGUUGAAACUUGCCCUGUUUCAACCACAAGUGUUGCUCUUGAUGACCACCAAAUUAAGCUUAACAAUGAGUUUAAAAAUCGUUUGCGAAAGUAUAUCAAAAAGCUAGAUGAAAGUGGAACUUCCCUUACAAAAGAAGAAAGCGACAAAAUAGAAUUGGAAACAUUCAAACAAUUAUAUAAACCAAAAUUAGACGGCAAAGAAGAAUCUUACAGAGCUAUUCCGAAGUUUUACUUUAAAUUGCCAAAACCAGACGAUACAUUGGCACAAAAGCUGAGGGAGGAGACAAGAGCUCAGUUUUUACAAAAGAAAAGCAAAGAGCUUCUGGACAAUAACGAAUUGAAACAUCUCUGGAGCUUGCUAGAGAAAUCUAACGGCAGUUAUAGUAUGUCUAACAGUGAAGAUCUUACAUUAGACUAUGUUCAGUUCAAGAAGAUCCGGAAUGAAGCUGGGCCUAAGUAUAGACCUUACUUCAAAGCAGAAGUGUUUGGAAGGCUUCAAGCGGCCGAAGGAGGCAUUGGCCGAGUUCGUGGUGUGUCUCUCUUCAACUACGUCAUGCGCCGUGUGUGGCUCCAGCAAACCAGAAUAGGGUUGUCUCUGUUCGAUGUUACUGGGCAAGGAUACCUCACUGAGCAUGAUUUGGAGAGCUACAUCGCGGAGCUGGUGCCUUCGUUGGCAGCAUUAGACGGACUAAACUCUUCCUUUACCUCGUUCUACGUGUGCACGGCAGCCCGGAAGUUCUUGUUCUUCCUGGACCCGCUACGAAUCGGCCGGGUCCGGAUACGGGACGUCCUCUCAUGCACAUUCCUGGAUGAUCUAUUAGAGCUGAGGGGCGAAGAUUUGCCAAUGGAAUUGCAAGAACAGAACUGGUUCAGCGCUGCGUCCGCUCUUCGCCUUUAUGGACAGUAUCUCAAGCUCGAUAAGGAUCAUAAUGGCAUGCUCAGUAUGGACGAGCUAGCUGGCUACGGCUCCGGCACACUGACCCGGGUGUUUCUCCAGCGCGUGUUCCAACAAUGUCUCACCUACGACGGAGAGAUCGACUACAAGACUUACCUGGACCUGGUGCUGGCUCUUGAGAACAGAAGGCAGCCCGCGGCGCUCGCUUACUUGUUCCGAGUGCUGGACAUCAACUCGCAGGGAUACUUGGACGCGUUCACACUGAACUACUUCUUCAGGGGUAUCCAAGAGCAGAUGAUAGAACACGGAGCUGAGCCUGUCAACUUCGAAGACGUGAAGGAUGAGAUCUUCGACAUGAUCCGUCCAGAAAACCCGACACGAAUCACUCUGCAUGACUUGAUUAGAAGUGGCCGAGGGCAUACGGCGCUGUCCAUCCUACUGGAGCUGCAUAGCUUCUGGGCUUACGAGAACAGAGAGGUGUUGGCUGCUGAUCACUCUUAAGGAUGUGCUUGAUUACCAUCUCUUUAUCCGCGGAUUUCCGGGAGUGAAAAAAUCUGUAUCUCUAGUAAUAGAUCCGAUCGAUUCUUACUAUUAAAAUUUAUAAUUUUUUAA